UGCGCGCCAUUGGCUGGGGAUUCUCCGUCUCGGUUUUCAUCGCCUACGUUGCUCAAUACGCCGCCUUCAUGGGGUACAGCCUGUGGCUGAGCGACUGGACCGAGGACGCGCUGUGGGACAGGAACCAGAGCUACCCCGCCGCUCAGCGUGACAUGCGCAUCGGGGUCUUUGGGGCACUGGGCCUGGCGCAGGCUGCUUUCCUGCUGGCCGGAGCCCUCCUGGCCGCCCGCGGUGCCGUCCGGGCAUCCCGCACGCUGCACCAAGAGCUGCUCAGCAAUAUCUUGCGCGUGCCUAUGAGCUUCUUCGACACGACCCCGACGGGUCGCAUUGUCAACAGGUUUGCCAAGGAUAUCUUCACUGUGGAUGAGACCAUCCCCAUGUCCUUCCGCAGUUGGCUGGCCUGCUUCUUGGGCAUCAUCAGCACCUUGCUCAUGAUCUGCCUGGCCACCCCCUACUUCGCUGUCGUCGUCAUCCCCCUGGCCGGCGCCUAUUUCUUCCUGCUGCACUUCUACGUUGCCACCUCCCGCCAGCUGAGACGCCUGGAUUCCAUCACCAGGUCUCCCAUCUACUCCCACUUCAGCGAGACUGUGUCCGGGCUGUCUGUGAUCAGGGCGUAUGGCCACCAGGAGCGCUUCCUGCAGCACAACCACGGGGCCGUGGACACCAACCAGAAAAGCGUUUACUCCUGGAUUGUCUCCAAUAGGUGAGACUGGGCUGCCCCAGCGGGACAGUCAGGCAGGGCGCAGCUGGGGCGGCGCAGCGACGGAUGCAGAACAAGGAGCAAUGGGCUCAAGUUGCGGUGGGAGAGGU